CCAAUGCCCCCCCCGGUCGAGCCUCAUGGUUCUUGGUCAUCUAUCUCCAUGUGCCAACUAUACAGGUUUGGAACAGUUUCAUGCCUUUGACUUAGCGGUUUCCUAUGUCCCUGCAUAUACCUAUUCUAUGAACUAUAUUAUAUAGUUCCGAUGCAUUGAUAGUGACUCGUUCCUUCUUCUGUAUCACCAUCCAGCAUUUCUUUUUCUUUUUCUUUUUAUUGAGGGGGCACAGCUACCUGUAUAUCCUAUUUUCUGUUGGUAUCUGUCGUCACCAGGACCCCGUCCCGGUCCCAUAUGACUUGCGCUCAUGUUGCUCACAUUGAAGCCGCCUAGUCAGAACGGGAUCAAAGGCCCCCAUGAAUACUCCAUCGUCCGGCAGUCCAUUCCUACCUCACGGAUCUCCUCCACUCCCCCAGCUGCUGAGCGCACAACUCCGCCUGCGUCAGCGAAACGGGCACCAGAACGGACUAUGGACACGGCGCGCAGAGGACUUCCUCCUCCGUCGUCGAUGACCCUUCCUCCUCCGGACGCGGGUCUGCCUGCCAUGGCUCCUAUGGGUCAACUGCCUCCGCCUCCGCCCCAAUGGCAAAAUGCGGACGAUUCGAUGCGCAAUUGGCUUCAAUCAAAGGCAGAAGAGGAUCGCAGAAGGCAGGAGGAGGAAAGGACGCGGCAGGAGAGCAUCAGGCUGGAGCAGCGCAAAAUCGAGCAAAGUAUAUUGCGAGAAUCCGUCCAGGCUGGAGUGCCACCGCAUUUGAUUCCACUGAUAUUUACUGGCAUCGCUGGAGGAGGCACGUCAAACGCGACAUUGGAAUUGAUCCAGCACUUUAUUGCUCAAACGACUGCUCAAACACAGGCACUGCAACCAUCACAGCUUCCGCCAACUCAGCCGCCGCCGACGCUGCCUCCACCGCCCCCUGCGGUGCAACCCGCACAUCAAUCGCCUCUCCAACCAGAGGUCCGUCGGGAUAACCGAACUAUCCCUCCUAAUCCAUAUGGCGCGCAGGCGGUUGCCAGUCUCUCGCAGCAAACCGUGCCGGUAUCGCCUCCACAGCACCUAUACGGCCAUGGUCGUUCAUUGCAGGGCCCCCCAGCUGAUACCCGAACCCAACCGACAUCAAGUCUCUCACGCCUUAACACAGCUGAAAUGCACAUCCACCCUCCUCCCGCAAACAUGGGGGCAGCACAGUAUCCGCCAGGUCCUCCUCAACUUCCGCCAGUUUCGGUAAAGCAGGAAUCGCAGCAGCAACAAGCGUCGCCGUCCAUAUAUUUCCACCAUUGGGUACCUCCGGGUCACUCGCAGCCAAACACGCCAUCAGGGAGAAGUACACAAGACUCUUCUCCUUACUCAUCACACCCACAGUCGCAUCUCCGUUCGGAAUAUCAGAAUUCUCCAGGGAGGAAGCGAAAAGCCCAGGGAGCUCAUCAGCCGGCACCCGCACCUUCUUCUCGCGCGGCUGAGUUGUCUCCAGCGAUAUCGCACAGGUCGUCUCCUAGACAAACAACUCCCGGGAGCACCAGCCGCCGGUCAGGUUCAGCCGGUCAUCUGCGACAACGAAGUGAUGGUCCUGCAACGCAUGAAUCGCGUUAUCGGGAGUUGCGCGAAGCCGAAGAGAGAGCACCAGCUCCUAGAUCGACUCCCCCAACCGGAGGGUCAAGUAUCAAUGCUGGAGUGGAGCGGAGAGACCAAAGGCACGAGAGCUCUGGGGCUUCUACUGAGGUGAUUGAAACGGAAAGACGCGGGGACCGUGAAAGUGAAACCCAGCAAUCUCGUUAUCCGGAGAUCCAUCAUCGCGAGCAGCCGUCCAAUUCCUACUCGUCUUAUUCCCAUCCCCGAGAGGCUGGUGUGUCUACUGAGCCACCAACCACGACUUCAGCGCCUGCUCCGGAGAACCGACCUCCUGAACCACCUCAAAGCACCAUGGGACCACCUUCCACGAGGUGACAUUGACUUCUCUUCGUUACUUUUGUUUUAACAGUCAGAUUUGUCUCUUCCGCCUCACCUGUUGCAUUUCUGAUAGGCUCUGAAAACUCUGUUUCCUUCGCAUAGAUGAGUAUAUGACACCCCUUUCCCCUAGACAUUUGAUGGAAGAUAGAAAAUGGGCAUGAUGGCGCUGUUUGAGCGUGUGAUGUGAUAUUCUCUGUCAGCGGUCUCGUCCGGGCGGCUUUCGUUUGUCUUUCCUUAUUUGUGAUCUACUCUUGGGUGGAAGCUUUGCAUAGACAUGCUCAUUUUCCUUUUUAGUCAUGGUAUCCACACAUCAUCGGCUGGAUCGAUGCAUUUACAUGUCUAUAUCAGAUUGACGCUUCUCUU